CAAACCAAGGUUUAGAAGCCAGAUACAGUAGGAGGGCAGGGAGACGGAAGCACACAGAGGACAGAGAGACAGUGUGGAGAAUACAACAGAGCCGGAUAAACAGUCGUUUGACAUUGAGUGAUUCGUUGCAAGAACAGUAUUCAGCAUUGUAUACACUGGUUGUUAUGGUGAUGGUGCACUCGGCCGGAAGUCGUCAUCUGCUGGGUAGGCUUGUCAGUCUGGGAUGACGUCACUGGAAAUUUGUUCCCGGGGCUCCGUGGAACAUGCACGUGUGAUGGAGUUGCGGGACUACCAGUGGGAAGUCAUUGGCCCAGCUUUGGAGGGCAGGAACAUCAUAAUAUGGCUUCCAACAGGAGCUGGUAAAACCAGGGCAGCUGUUUAUGUGGCAAAGAGGCAUCUAGAGAUGACGCGUAAUGCCAAAGUUGCUAUGCUUGUAAACAAGGUGCAUCUGGUACACCAGCAUUACAGCAAGGAGUUUCAGCCUUUUCUCCAAAACAAGUAUAAGAUCCUCACCACGGCUGGGGACACGGAGAAGCCCCACUUUGCUCACUUAGUAAAGCAAAAUGAUGUCGUAAUCUGCACUGCUCAGAUCCUGCAAAAUGCUAUCAACUGUGACAGUGAGGAGAAACAUGUGGAGCUGACAGAUUUCACCCUACUAAUCAUAGACGAGUGUCACCACACUCACAAAGAUGGCGUUUAUAAUAAGCUCAUGCACAUAUACCUUGAAAAAAAGAUCAAAGAAAAUCAAAAUCUCCCGCAAAUUCUGGGACUCACAGCUUCCCCCGGGACUGGGAGAGCUUCCACGUUUGAGAGUGCAGUAGAACACAUUUUACAGAUCUGUGCAAAUCUUGAUACCUGGAAAAUAAUGUCACCUCAGACCCACAUUGAUGACCUUGAAGCCAAGGCUAAGCAGCCCAAAAAGCAGUAUGACCUUGUACCAGAAAGGACUGAGGAUCCUUUUGGGAAUAAGUUGAAGGAGCUCAUGAAAGCCAUACAUGAAUAUCUCGGUGAAACUGGUUUCAUUAACCCAGAAUUUGGCACGCAGAUGUAUGAACAGAAAGUGGUAGAGAUGGAGAAAGAAGCGGCAGUGGAAUCUAACAGGAUGAAACGGACGUGUGCACUGCAUCUACGCAAAUACAAUGACGCCCUGUUCAUCCAUGACACUGUAAGAAUGAAGGAUGCCUAUGACUUCCUGGAUGUCUUCUACAUAGAGGAAAAAUUUAUCAAAAAUUCAGAUGACCCCACAGAUAUCUUCCUCUGCCAGUUAUUCCAUGUGAACAGUGACAUACUAAUAGACAUUUGUGGAAAAAAGAGGUAUGAAGACCCCAAGUUGCAGAGACUGGAGGACAUUUUGAAGGAUAAUUUCCAGUCCUCCUCCAACUUUCGCGGGAUCAUCUUCACACGUACGAGACAAUGCACCCAUUACCUGCACAAGUGGAUUAUUGAUAAUGCUUCUCUCAAAGAUUUGAAUCUAAAGACUGCACCAUUGACUGGAGCUGGAUACAGCAAUCAGAGCAAACACAUGACACAGAAUCAGCAACAGGAAGUCAUUGAAAAAUUUCGCCAGGGUGCUCUGAAUCUGCUCAUCUCAACAAGUGUUGCUGAGGAGGGGCUGGAUAUCCCAGAGUGCAAUGUUGUUGUACGGUAUAGCCUGAUGACCAAUGAAAUUGCUAUGGUACAGGCCAGAGGCAGAGCCCGAAGUGAGGAUAGCUGUUACUCCUUCCUUGCCAAAUCUGGAGGGAGAGAGAGCAAGAGAGAGCUGACCAAUGAGGCUUUAGAAGACCUGAUGAAGCGAGCCAUAACCCAUGUACAAAAUAUGCCAGAAAGAGAAUACGAGGCAAAGAUUAAAGACCUGCAGAUGGAGUCUCUCAUUCAGCGAGCAGUAAAGCAGAAACAGCAGGAAGAGAAGAGGAAAUUCCAACCUGCAGAUGUCCGUUUUGACUGUCGACACUGUUCUGCUGCAGCUGCCUAUGGGAGUGAUUUUUGUGUGGUGGAAGUUCAUCAUGUAAAUAUUAACUUGAACUUUAAAGUCUAUUACGAAGUCUAUACAGAGCCUCUUGAAAUGAAGAAGAUGGAAGACUGGGUACCUGGAGGAUCCAUCCGGUGCCGUUUCUGUAAGCUGCAUUGGGGCUAUCUAAUAAUAUACAAAGGAGUCCCUCUUCCCGUCGUCAGCAUCAAGAAAUUUGUGUUACAAACUCCUGAGUCCCGAAAACCCUACAACAAAUGGAAAGACGUUCCAUUCUCCUUGAACCAAUUUAAUUAUAAUGAAUAUUGUGAACAGCUUUCCGAUAUGGAGGAUGACUGAUUAGAUCCAGGUUUCAGUCACCAACAGACUAAUACUAAAAUACCAGAACUAUAGACUGUAAUUUUUAAACCACUGCUAAGUAAUCCACUUUUAUGUUCACAAUAAAAUACGACUCCUUCAAAGAAAA